GAUUUUCAGUCAGGUGGAGACAGUUGACGUGUACGGUUGUUUAACGGUUAAUGAGUUUUUGUGUGUAAAAGUUUGCAAAUAUCCAAGAAAAGCAAAAAAAAAAAAAAAAAGAAAAAUUACCACACACACAUACAAAUAUAUACAAUUUUUUCCUACAAAAUAUCUGAAAGAAAAAAUGAUUGAAAAAAUGUAAAUUUUAAAAGAAGAAUUAUUAAAAAAAAAUCUGAAGUGAAGUUUAAAGAAAAUUUGUAGAAAAUUGAAAAGAAAAAUGUCAAGAAUUGUAAAAAGUUAAAGAAAAAUCUAAAAAAAGAAAAGUUGGCCUGUGAAAAAAAAAAAAACGGUUAAGAAAAACCCAAAGUUGAAAAAGAAACACACACACAAGUAUAGAAAAAAGCCUUUGUUAACAUCUUUGCAAAGCUGCUGCUGCUACAAACACAAACACACACAAGAAAAAAAGUGUCUUAAUGCAAUAAGUGAUGUUCUCUGGUCCCUUGACUCUAUGACAAUUUUGCAAGUAAAUCAAAUAUUUAAUAAUCCGUUUUUAUUAAAUUAUCCACAAAUUGUAUAAAAGUUACUAUUCAAAUAACUAACUAAGCCAACCGCAUUUUGUGACAUCAACAACAACAACGGCAACAACAACAAACGGCAACCUAUAUAAUUAACAUUGUCGCCAGGCGAGCAUAACAAUACCAACAUAAUUAGCAGCAACAACAACUACAACAAUAAAAGCAUCAACAUACCAACAACAACCGAAUUACAUUCAUAAUCAUCGCAAGGGGAAAUCUCUGCAGAAUCUCUGGAAUUUGCCAAAGACCACUGUGUUGACCACAUACGGACACCCGCACACACACACACACGCAAGCACGUUCUCCCAUACAACCGAAGUGGGAAAUCGCAAUUAAUGUCUGUCAUCUGUACAUAGCCUGUAAAUCAACGUCUACCAAAUAACAACAGCAACGGCAACAACAAUAACAUCACAAUUACAAAGGCCAAUUAAAGCGUUUAAUUAAGUAACGCCUAAUUCCAAAAGACAACUUCAAGGAUCGCCAUUAUCACGCAUCACCAGCACCAUUUGUAACAACAACAACAACAUCGGCAAACACAUAACGCGCAGCUAAAACAUGGGAACCGGUCAUUUCUUCUGGGUGAUAUUUUACUUUGCCAGUUUAUGUAGUGCAUCACUAGCUAAUAAUGCCAAAAUAAAUUUCCGAGAAAAGGAGAAAAAAGUCUUAGAUCAAAUUUUAGGUGCAGGCAAAUACGAUGCAAGAAUACGGCCAUCCGGUAUCAAUGGAACGGAUGGUCCCGCCAUAGUCAGAAUCAAUCUGUUUGUUCGAAGUAUUAUGACGAUUAGUGACAUUAAAAUGGAAUACAGUGUACAGCUAACAUUCCGUGAACAAUGGACAGAUGAACGUUUAAAAUUUGAUGAUAUACAAGGUCGUUUAAAAUAUUUGACCCUAACAGAAGCAAAUCGUGUCUGGAUGCCUGAUUUGUUCUUUUCAAAUGAAAAAGAGGGUCAUUUCCAUAAUAUCAUUAUGCCUAAUGUUUAUAUCCGUAUAUUUCCAAACGGUUCUGUUUUAUAUAGUAUUCGUAUCUCAUUAACAUUGGCUUGCCCUAUGAAUUUGAAAUUAUAUCCCUUGGAUCGACAAAUUUGUUCACUACGUAUGGCCAGUUAUGGCUGGACAACAAAUGAUCUUGUCUUCCUGUGGAAAGAAGGCGAUCCCGUGCAAGUGGUAAAGAACUUACACCUACCUCGCUUUACACUCGAAAAAUUCUUGACUGAUUAUUGCAACAGUAAAACCAACACGGGUGAAUACAGUUGCCUCAAAGUCGAUCUACUAUUCAAGCGAGAAUUCUCAUAUUACUUAAUUCAAAUUUAUAUCCCAUGCUGUAUGCUGGUAAUUGUCUCAUGGGUGUCAUUCUGGCUAGAUCAAGGUGCUGUACCAGCUCGUGUGUCCUUGGGUGUCACCACACUGCUCACCAUGGCAACGCAGACAUCCGGUAUCAAUGCAUCACUGCCACCGGUCUCCUACACCAAAGCCAUUGACGUCUGGACUGGUGUGUGUCUAACGUUUGUAUUCGGCGCCCUGCUCGAGUUUGCCCUGGUGAACUAUGCGUCCCGCUCAGGUUCGAAUAAAGCUAACAUGCACAAGGAGAACAUGAAAAAGAAGCGACGCGAUUUGGAGCAGGCGAGUAUAGAUGCUGCUUCAGAUCUAUUGGAUACAGAUAGCAAUGCCACAUUUGCCAUGAAACCUUUGGUACGUCAUCCGGGUGAUCCAUUGGCACUGGAAAAGUUGAGGCAAUGUGAAGUUCAUAUGCAGGCGCCCAAGCGUCCCAACUGCUGCAAGACGUGGCUAUCGAAGUUCCCCACAAGACAAUGUUCUAGAUCGAAGCGGAUCGAUGUUAUAUCACGAAUAACGUUUCCCCUGGUCUUUGCCCUGUUCAAUUUGGUCUACUGGAGCACCUAUUUGUUCCGGGAGGAGGAGGAUGAGUAAAUGCCAACAUUAUUUUGUUUUAUUUUAGUUUUUUCUUAUUAUUACGAUUAUUAUAAUUAUGAUGAUGAUUAUUAUGUGUAAUUAUGUAUUGAAAUUAUGAUAAUUAUGAAGAUGUGAGCUGAAUUGAAAGAAAAACAAACAAAAAAUUAAAUAUUAGGGUUUCUCUCUCUUUCUAUCAACAAAAAUAAGGCUUAACUAACUACUAAUCAAUUAUUUUAAUUUCUGUUUCUUUUCCUUUUUUGUUUUGUUUUAAUUUUCAUUUUUUUGAUUUUAAUUUGCCAACAUGAUUUAUGUUUUGUGUGUGUUUCGAAACCAAAAUAACAAAAAAAAAUCAAAAUUGGGAAAACAAUUAAAAUUUUUUUUACUAACAAAAUUUGCAUGAACCAAAAAUAAAAUAAAAAAACAAAACAAAAAUCAUAACAAAUAUAGGACUUUCUAAAGACCAUUGAUGAUGAUGACGAAGUUCAUAAUCACAGCAAUGAUGAUCAUGAUGAUGAGGCUAAUAUGGAUGAUUGAUGUUAAUAACAAAGAAUGGCUAUGUAGAAUUCUGUCGCUAAAACCACUAACGAAUCCAAAUCUUCCUUCAAAAUGCAUUGAACAAUGCGCCCUCUCUAUGCAUUCUGCGCAAACUAACAAACUUCGUAACAAACCAAACGAAAAAAAAAAUAAUUUUUAAUUCCCAUCAAAUCUAAGUAAAGGUGUGAUUUGUUAGAGCAUAAACAUUUCAUCUUCCCCACCACCACCCCCCAUCAAAUAAUCUGCCUCUCCCAUCGGUCCCAAUUUUAGAAAUUAUGAAACCGAAACAAACAAACCGAAUUAAUUAACCAACUAAAAUGUGAGCCAAGGAUGUUAUAUAUUCUAGACGUACCGUACAGAUGAUAUAAGAAUAGGUUUAAAAAAAGAAUAUAAAAAAAUUCAAAACAACAUGACAACCUAUGACGUAGUUAACAAAUUAAGGAUUAGCAAUUAAGUUAAGGAAACUAAUUUUCAGAAUUCAAAAAACCCACAAACCCUUCCCCCUCUACCCCCUUAAUUUUAAGGUAAUUACCCCCAAACAACCAACCACAAACUUUGGACGUAUUCAUGUGCAUAUAUGUUUGGAAAAAUAUAUAUGUAGUACAUAGUAUUGUAAGUACAUAACAUAUAUAUA